AGUGGGCGCGACCAACCUGAACACACUUUACAAGAACGUUCCAAAUCCAAGCAACUAUCCUGCACCAUUCCCAGAAAAGUUGUGGGAAGUGUCUGCAUCAGGCACUCUAUCCAACGCAGCAAUUACUACUAUCCAACCACUAUCUAAUACAGCCAGUGCAUCCCAACCAGCCAACACAGCCACUUCAUCCAGUGCAACCACACCAUCCUGUUUGACCCGUCGAUGUCUGGCCAGCAUGCUGAUUGCGAAAGAAGCUCUGAGUCAGCCACAGUCUCCACGGUGCAUCUCAAUUAUCAGUGUGCCGUCAAUCAUGUACGAAACGCUGUCUGUCGAUACAAAAAACCUCCGCUUCGAGAGUCGUCUGGAAGUCCCGCUGUCUUGGGAAGACCCUGAUUUAUCAUGGAACACAUCAGUCUAUCAUCAUGAUAUGGUGGUCCUGCCUGUCAGCAAAAUCUGGACUCCUGAACUCCAUGUGACUAAUGGAGUGCAAACAACGAUGAAGCACAGCAACAAGGACUUGCUGGUGCACAGCAACGGGACUAUAGAGCACAUGGUCAUCAUGAACACUGUGGUGGGCUGUGAAGUCAAUCUGUACAACUACCCCUUCGCUUCAGAUUUCUGUGCCAUCGCCCUUAAUGUGUGGGCAAUUAGUGGAUGUGGCAUGUUCCUGGACUUUGGGAAAGUGAGCACAACUAGCGCAAACCGUGGGGACUGGCUAACCGAGGAGGUGGAACUCAACACUAAAGGAGGCAGAGAUGAUCGCAACUAUCUAUGGGUGUCGCUGAAAAUGCGGUCCGAAAACCCGUUUCUGUCCCUGGUCCUGCCCAGUAUACUAAUCAUCUUGGCUGAUGUGGGCAGCUUCGCCCUGCCGCUGGGAGAGAGCAAGCGCAUCCCCUUCAAGGUUAAACUGGUUCUCAGCUUCAUCAUGUUCCUCAACAUCCUCAAGGACCGUCUGCCUGGAGGAGGCCAGUGCAGCCCCAUCAUCCGAAAGCACUUCUGUUUCUGUUUGGUCAUCCUGGUGUUGAGCACGUUGCAGUCUAUGGUGCUCACACGCCUGGCUAAGUGUGGCACUCUCUGGCCCUGCAGCCUCUCCAAGUCCAAAGACUCACUGCUUAAAGACACAGACAAUGAAGAGGCCUCAGAGGAAGAGAAGAAUACAGCCCUCCAGAAGGUGGUGAAGUUUCUCAACAAAAUGGCUGCACAAGACCAGAAAAAUGCUAUACACCAUCGCUUUGCCAACAAAGUGGACUUGAUCUGUUUCUGUAUCUAUCUCACUGUCCUCAUUGUUUACUCAUUCAUCAUUUUAUAUUUCUCCUUUGGUUCUCAAUGUGAGAUCAACCAUUUAGAAUUCUGGCAUUAAAUUAUUUAUUUGCGUUUAACAAUGAUAUUUAAAUAAAUAUCAAGUAUGUGUGUAUUCUUCAGUAGAGAUUUAACUAUAUUUAUUUCAAUAUGUUUGAGCUAAGAAUUCAAUUGAUUAGGACUAUGCAUCCUACCUUUGAAACACCUCUGCAUAUCUAUCCAUUUUCCAUUCUUCCUGUGCCAUCCAAGUUCCUGCAUAGCCUACUGGUCAACGUAAUGUAGUCAAAAAUAAUGCGAACGAUGAUGGUCAGUGAUGAAGAUGCGUCUAGCAACUUGCAUUUACAUUUACAUUUAAGUCAUUUAGCAGACGCUCUUAUCCAGAGCGACUUACAAAUUGAUGCAUUCACCUUAUGACAUCCAGUGGAACAGCCACUUUACAAUAGUGCAUCUAAA